CUCACAGAUUAGUCAGGUUUUUUUUCUCAAGAUUCACCCCAAACAGCGAUUUUUUCAACUCUCAGUAUUUCCUGUCGAAAAAAAAAUUGCUACUGUAUUAUGAAAAUGGUUUCCUCUUCCUCGUCGUCGCAUAAGCACGUUUAUAUCUCAUCGUCCAUGAGGUCAUUUCUCCGAAUGUCAUCUGCCCUUUUCUUCUGUUGCUUCGUCCGCGUGUCGUUUGCGCAGGAUGGGCGGCUUCUGGGCAACACGUGGCGUAUCCACCCGAACGCGGAGGAGACGGUGCUGGCGGCGCAGCAGAACACCACCUCGGCGAACCCCCUGCAGGUCCCCGCCACGGCGGAGGCCUUGGAGAGCCAGCGCGUCACCUGGGUGAAACAGUGGUCGCAGAAGAUCGCGCCUUUCUACUUGCGGAAGGCCUUGGACCGACUCCCCGACUCCUACCGGCAGAAAAUGGGUCGUAUCAAAUGCAAAAAUGUCUGGGUCUGGAAAAAAGCAACUUCUCAUGCUACAUCUGAAUCAUGUAAAAAUCUGUGUUGCGUGAUUACCAAAAGCUGUCCACUUUUGACCUAAUCGAGAGGCAGUCUCUCAUGCAGGACAGGCAUGAUAGAACUCUCACGGAAUCUGUCAUGCUAUGCCCUCCAUGCCAGACCUCAUGGGUCAUGAAAAACCUGUAUGACAAGUCCGGCACUCUUCCCGACCCAGACAUUUUUGCAUUCGAUAAGGCGCGACGUCGUGCAGGAGGACCCAUUCGCCAAACUGUUUGAGGCCCGGAACUAUCAAAUGCAAAUAUGUCUGGGUCUGGAACAAGAACUGGAACUUGUCAUGCGAUUUCUGGAACAGGCAAAAAGUUGUGUUGCAUAUAGCACCAAAACCUUCCCAUUUCUUGCUACGCAAAUAGGGAAUUAUUUCUCAUGCGGGAUAGACUUAGACAUCAGGAGGCCUGCGCAGAACCUGUAAUGCUUUUGCGUGCAUUGGAGACCUGACCAGUAGCGUGAUCCGGGAGAUGCAUGACAAACUCUUGCAUGUCUGUAAAGAUGUCUGGGUCUGGAAGAGUCAUGCUGCUUCUGCAUGACACAGAAGGUCUGGCAUGGAAGCUCUAGCAUCACAGAUUUCGAGAAGCCUCCGCAAUGCCGAAUCCGCAUGACAAAUCCCUGACUCUGGUGACAGAAAGUGGGAACUUUUGCUGCCUAUGCAUGGGAGAUUUUUCUGUGUUCUGAAAUGCGCAUCACAAGUUUGCACUCUUCCAGACCCAGACAUUUUUGCACUUGAUAGGAGCCAGAUGUUCGGUGCCUUGGACUUCGACCUGACGAACCCGGAGCUGUGGCUCCGCGUGGGGGAGCUUUGGCUCACCUCGGCGUGGACGGACGAAAAACCCUUUCUGCAGAUCGAGGGGGGCAUCGCGUUUUUGCAGAAGGGCUUCGAACUGUACGUGCAGAAGGCGUUCGCCAGCUCCUGCGGACUCCAAGCCAGCGAGGAGAAGCUAUUGCAGGCGACGGUGGUUUCACCAGCAUCAAGUACAACUACGAACGCCAAACACGAGGAAGCAGAAGUCGCGGAGAAACACGAAGUGAAAUUGACGGCGAAACAGGAGCGGCAAAAGUAUUUGAGCGAUCUGAAGGCGAUCGAGGAGCGGUAUCGAAAGGAAAAAUCCCCCCUCCCCAUAUCAAAACGGAAUUUCUGAUGCUGGAUUUGUGUACACAUCAAAUCAGGUUUGUAUUGCAGAGAGGCACUGCGGCCAAAUCCCCAGGCUAGGUAGGGGCGAAUGGGUCUAGUUGUUCAGCAUGGCAAGCGGGUCACUUUUAGGGCCAACAGCAUGGCAAAUCGCUCCCAUAGUGGGGCGGAAGCUUCUGCCCUUGUCUUCUUGCAAUACAAAUGUGAUUUGCGACCUCAAAUCAGCAACGCAAAUUUUCGGAAACAUACCUUUUCGAUAUGGGGAGGAGGGAUUUUUGCUUUUGAUAAGCGGUUGAGCCUGAUCCAGGAGGGGGACGCCGAGGACUCGUACGGGAAAGACAUCGGCCCGGACGCGGGCCGCGAAAUGCGGAAGCAGCCGGAGCACUGUUUGGAGCCCUACGCGCAAGAACACACGCACCGGGUGUUCAGCACCUGGGCCCGGACGAAACAGGACCCCGCCAAGGACGCGGCUGCGGAGCGGAAGCUGAAGCCCGGUUCUUUAGUUGGCGACAACCGAAAGAAGCGGGACAGUGCGGCGGAGGUUAUCAAAUCAAAUAUGUCUGGGUCUCGAACGUUGGAACUUGUCAUGCUAAAUCUGAAUCACGCAAAAAUCUGUGUUGCAUGAUUACCAAAUGCUGUCCACUUUUGUUGAAGUUGGGAGGCAGUUUCUCAUGCAGGAUAGGCAUGAUAGUGAUCUCACGGAAUCUGUUAUGCUAGGUCCUCCAUUACAGAUCAUAUGGGUCAUGGAAAACCGGCAUGACAAGUCGCGCAAAGGUCCAGACCCAGACACUUUUGCAGUUGAUAGCGGUGGUGUCGAAGCAAGUGGGGCUGUUCGCGGACCCGGAGUUCGUGGUGGCAAAAGCGCGAGUAUCAACUGCAAAAAUGUCUGGGUCUGCAAGAUUGCCAUUGUUGUCAUGCAUAUUUUGAAUGGCCCAUGAUGUCUGUGAUGCAUGCUCUAGCAUCACAGAUUUUUCGCUGGCUUUGUGAUGCCUCCACCGCAUGAGAAAUGUCUUCUCCGAGUAGCACAAACUGGAGUCCUAUUGCUGGUCAUGCAAUACAAAUUCAGGGACUUUUUAUUUAUUGUUUUUCGUUUGUCUCACACUCUCACCCACUCACAUGAAUACUUAUGAUAAGAUCAUAGUACCAGACCCAUAUUUCCUUUUUUUUCUUCGUUUGUGGUUGUCGCCCCUCCUAAUCCUUUGGUCUGUGUUGUGGCAGCGGAUUGUCCUCUGACCCUUACGUAGCCUUAUGGUAACCCCUUUCCAUAUGAUUGACCUCAGGUUUUGCGUGGUAGCUGCGCUGGCAGCGCGUUUGUGCGGCUCGUUACUCCUGCGAGGUGCGACGUUUUCGAUGCGGCUGGGCUUUGCGGAUCCAAGCUGCGCGGAGGUGGUGGUGGCGAUGGAUGGCGGGUUGAUUACGGUGCGGGAGUUCGGGUCGCCAGCCCCGCGUCUCACAGAGUACUGAACGGUGCUUACCAGCUGGAUAGACGAGUGAGGGGUGUUUACUCGUAGGGGAGUUGUUUAUGGCUCGCGGUCGUCUUUCUGUCGUCCUGGCGUCGUUCGUGGGGGUUUGGCGCGGGGGUGGAGCGAUCCUCGACGAGCGGUGCGGUUGCUGCUUUGUCGCGUCGAGCGGAGCGGAGCGUCGCUGUGUCUCCUCGGCAUCGUCUCUUCGUGGCCUGUCGUGCGUAGUCCUAGGUGGGGUCCCUAUCCCGGCCAUUGCAAUAGGGCUUUUUGGUGGACUGCUGGAGACCCCAGUCCAGUCGCAUCGCGACGUUAUUUUUCAGCUGCAGGAGACCCCAGCGAGCUAUCCCUUUGCUCUGCCCAUGUCCCUCGUCUUUGUCUGUUCGUCGUGUUUGCCUGGUUUACCAUUGGAAACGAUACCUUGCUCAUGGAAUUUCCGGAUUCGACCAGGACAUGCAGCCACUCUAACGGUUUCACUCGGGUCCGACCCCCGUUAGAGCUUGACCCCAUCCCCCCGAGAUCCUGCCCUGAGGUAGUGGUCGUAAAGGGGGUAUAGUGGUUGAGGGGUAAAUAAGAUCAUGCAAUACAAAUUUUUUUAGAAUCCAGACACAGCAUCACAAGUUUAGAAUCUUCCAGACCCAGACAUAUUUGCAUUUCAUAGCGAGACGAGAUGGGCAAAAAGGCCGUUGGGAACCCCCACAAACUCGCCUGGCACAUCCUGCAGUCUCGGGCGAACCGGGUCGAGUGCAACUUGUAUUUGUACGCGCGGCUGUUCAACCAGGGUUUCGGACCGGUUCGGGGGAUCCGGUGGCUCCGCGGGGCCAUGAAGGUGGUGAAAAAACGCAUCGAGAAGGGCGGGGCACAGUCGCAGGUUUUGUCCUGUACGAAAGUGCUGUCCUCAAAAACAGGUCGUGGCAGCGAUGAAAUCGCCCCGAACAAUAAAUGCAGCGCAGACGACGACGACCCGGAUGAAGAAUCUUCAUGCGGGGAGAAGAUGAUGAACUCCCUGGCGUCGAAAGUAGUAAAAGAUUCGAAGGACGACGACACCAAAAUGUGGCCGAGCAAGCCGGACUUUUCAGUGUUGAUGCUGCCAAAAAUCAACAAAGCGAGUCAACGGUGGACUUUAGCAGAUUUUUUCGUGGCGGACCACAUGGCCGAGCGCUCCUUCAUCACAACCGCGAACAAAAAUCUGCUGCAGCUUUCCCUGCUCCCGGCUGCAUCGCAGGACCAAAUUGAGGAGAAGACGGAAAAAAAAUCGAAGAAGGGGAAGAAAGACAAGAAGAGCAAAAAGAAAAAGAAAGCCACGGCAUCUGCGUCCUCCUCGGAGGAGGAGAGUGCGACUGCUACAUCCGGCGCAGCAGGAGCAACUGCAGGAAAUGACAUCGAACAGCAGAAGUCCUCUAGCACUAGCAGCGGCAAGAAGAUGUUGACAGCAGGGAGUGAAGAUCAAGAUCAAGAACCGGACACGAGAACUACAAGCGGUGUGACUACUUCUCUCAGUAACCAAAUGCAGGUGGCGCAGAUUUUCCCGACCAACAUUGGGAUUGAAAACAUCAUCGACGAGGACAUUUCCGUAUGCAUUGCAAAAGUAUCGUACUCGUAUAAAUGCAUUAGAAAUUCCCUCAGUAUGAGCGAUAAAACUUGUAAUGCAGAUUUACCUUAAGAAUAAGACUCGCAUUUGUAGUUGUACGAGUACGAUACUUUUGCACAGGAUAUUCCGAGGAGGUGAUCGACGACCUGGCCCGGGAAGCGAUCGCGAAAUACGAGGAGAUUGCCGACGACCACAACCUGGAGGAGAUAUGAACUGCAAAUAUAAUGUCUGGCUCUGGACGACAAACGGAAAUGCCGGAUCUGUCAUGCUUGUCUGGCAUGAUGACCGUGAGGUCUGUACAACUGCAUGUGCACGAAAACGAGCACCUCUUGCCUGUCAUGCAAAAACCUAGCUUGCCAUAGGGAUUACGCGAGAACCAUAGCAGCUCAAAAUUUUUUGAUGCGUGGCUGUACAUUCAAGUGAGUCCAGCAGUCGCAGACUUGCAUCAGAACUUUCCAGACGACCCAGAAAAUAUAUUUGCAACGCAUAGGAGAUCGUGAGCAACAAAACCGGGAGUUCCAAGUUGAGUCGGCGGGAGCUGCGGCAAAAGUACCAGAAAUACGAACAGGACGAGCGGAAGAAGUUUGAGGGCAACGAGGGCAGCAGUUCCUCGUCCUCCUCGGCGGCCGACGACAGCGGUGGUGCGAAAAACUUGGCGGAGCUGAACGACUACUUUUUCGGCCUGCAGGUCAAAGACCCGGACCUGUACCGCAAGGCCAAGGUGUGGAAAGAGAUGUACCGGGGGAAGCGUGGCAAGGCUCUGACCAAAAUGGUAGCCGCGAUCGAGCGCGUGGCCAUCGAGUUUGCGCGGACCGGAUUGGGCGUCGACAUCGAGCAGGUGCUGAACAAAAAGGCGGCGAUGUUUCAACCGAAAGAGGACCGUGAUACUACUACAACUGGCGGUUCGCUCGGUGGAACAAACAGGACGGCGGGAGUACCAGCGAAGAGCAAAAAGACCGACUCCGAGUCGGAUUCCGACGAAACUAAGGUGCCGAGAAGCCCGAAGGCGGUGAAGCUGUACCGGGAGAAGCAACUGAUGAGGAGUUUUCAGGAGCAAAAAAACACGCUCGCCGACGCGAAGAAGGUGCAGCCGUACGACCCCUUUGCCUGGGUGCAGGUGUACCCGAAGCAGGGCGGGCGGCACAACCCGCACGCGCACCAGGACAGCAUCGUCAGCUGCGUCCUGUACGCCGUGACGGACCCGACCAAGAUAUCCUGAGUAAACUAUUGAACGUCCCCGCGACGACCCAAUAGUCAAGAUACAAGAUGCGGAUUUGGCUACGCAAAUUGGCACAAGUUUUUGCUGUCGCGCAUGACAAGUUUUUUUGAACUCGUAAUAUAGUGCUGUUUGAGGUAGAUAGUUGUGCAGACGUGAUAUCACAAAUCGUCUACCUUAUCUUGAUUCCAGCUUCAUCACAACUUUCCAGAUAACAUCAGAAAAUGGCUCUCAUGGGGCGGCCCCUGCGCAUGCGAAACAUUUAUUUAGGCCUGCCGCUUUGAAUUUGAUGCACGACAAGUGUGCUGGGGCGGGAGGACGUAUAUUUUACACAGGAUACAAGACGCCCAUCGCUCUGAUGGACCCGCGGGGGCGGAUAUGGCCUGCAAAAAUCCCUGGAUGUCUGGAAGGUUGCAACUUGUCAUGCUAAAUCUGAAUCACGCAAAGAGUCUGUGUUGCAUGAUUGCCAACAUUUUUUACCAAGUUGAGAGGGAAUAGGCAUGAUAGAGAUCAUCUCACAGAAUUUGUCAUCUUCGCGGUCUUGUUGCGGUUGGCCUGCUGGCUCCAACCUGGUUGUUUACUUUGCACUGCCUUGUUUUUCAGUGGCUUGUCCGCUGGCAGACGGUAAAGAGAUUAUCCUACAGUGGUGAGCAUGCACCCUCGGGCGCUGUAGGUUUGGUCAUCUUUCUCUUUACGCGAGCACCUACCCUUCUUCUGUACCUUUUAUGGUAUGUUGGCCCAUACCAGUACAGUUCUCGGUCGGGUAGGACCCCGGGUGGCGGUAGUCUGCUUCUUGUCUUGAUAUUUUUGCUGCUGCUGGGCUGCCUUGCUUGCGCGCCUUUCCCUUCUUCGAUGCUGCUCUCGUUUUCCUCGUACUUGACCAGCGGAUAGAUGCGUAACAAUUCGUUGCUCUACCCUCUGUUGCCCAAUCGUGACUCUACCCUCUGUUGCCCAAUCGUGACCAUGCCCGUAGGAACUACUUUAAUACUGUCUCUACGACUUUUGACUUCAUUCAUAACCUUCAAUUGUAUUCCUACCUAACUUGUAUUUUUUGUUUUUUCUCUGUACGAUUGGCCAAAGCGCCACCGGGACAGCCUGCCCGUAGACCACCGAUGUCAUGCUAGGUACUGCAUUCCAGACCUCGUGGGUCAUCGAAAACCUGCAUGACAAUGCUGCAAUCCUUCCAGACCCAGACAUAUUUGCAGUUGAUAGCGGAACGUGAUGCAUGACUACGAGCGGUACGGGAACGCGGUGAACGCCUACGGGUGGCAGGGAAACGCGCCCUUCCAUCAGCCCUACUACAUCUUCCCCGAGAAGGGCGACGUGCUGUGCUUUCCGAGUUGGCUCAUCCACCAGGUGCCUCCGCACGAAAACAGCACGGUCACGCGGGUCGGCUUCGCUUUCAACUUGGCACUGCGCACCCGCUGGGACGGCUGGUUUAACGCCGCGAUUGGGGAUUGGAACCGCUGGAAGCAUCAAUAAUCUGUAGAACAAGCCUGACGUCGUAACGGCCAGUCGUCCGGGGUUCUUUCAGAUAAAUUUGAAACAAUACCAUUUUGCUGCACGCGACAUUGCUAGGUAGAAGGAAGGGCCACCACUUCUAGGGGUGCAAAGACACCAACUUUACUCAGCCGCGACUGGCGUGUCCUGGAUUGAUGUGAUCGUUCUGAGUUUCUGUACGUACUUGAAUCGUAAAAAACAAGAGUUCGCUGUAUGUUCCAAGAAGGGUUGUAAAUGCGAAACUACUAUUGUCGAAAAGUCUCGUACUAGUUAUGUGCUAUUCAUCCGGUCGUGACGGUAAGAAGACGACGAAGU